AAACUCUAAGUCAUCCAUACGCAACGUUGGGAAACUAACCUUAGAGAAUGGGCACUGUUAGAAAACUUAUCGUGGAGGUUGUGGACGCUCACCAUCUUAUCCCGAAGGACGGCCACGGCAGCUCCAGUCCCUAUGUGGUCGUCGACUUUUACGGCCAACGGAGGAAGACCAGGACCGCGGUUCGCGACUUGAACCCGGUCUGGAACGAAACGCUGUCCUUCAACGUGGACACGCACUCUCAGUCUCACAUCUUCAGUGACAUGCUCGAACUUGACGUUUACCACGACAAGAAUUAUGGCGCCACACGCCGGAACAAUUCCCUCGGCAGAAUCCGCCUCAGUUCCUCGCAGUUCGUCAACAAAGGCGAAGAGGCUUUGGUUUACUACGAGUUGGAGAAGAAGCACUUGCUGAGCAUGAUCCAAGGUGAAAUAGGCUUGAAAAUCUACUACAUCAACGAAGAGGUAGUUCCUCCUACGCCGCAGAAAGAGGAGGCACCGCCAAAGAAGAAAACCGAAACGGAGAAUGUGGAGAAAGUGCAAGAACCACCCCCAACGGCUGAAGGUGAGAAACCUAAAGAAGAAGAAAAUGCAGAAGCUGAACCUCCUAGAGAUCCAAUCAUGUCGGAAAAACUAGUUGAACGAGAAACAGAAGCAGAGCACAAACCUGAACAGUCAGAAAGUGGAGACCAGGUGGUUCCGUUACCAGCCGACCUGAAUUUGGACGUUAAGGCAGCGUCUGUGUCGAGGUCGAAUUCGGAAAUAAGGUUCGGCGGAACCAACGGUCCUCCUCCUCCGGCGAUGAGGAGGUCUGCAUCAGCUGGGAGUUUCGCAGCGUCAGAGGCGUCGAGUGAAAGCAGCUUGUUGAUGGAAAAAUCCUCGUUUGAUCUGGUCGAGAAGAUGCACUACCUCUUCGUGCAAGUGGUGAAAGCGCGGUACCUUCCCACCAACGGUAACCCUGUCGCUAAGAUCGUUGUUUCCGGGCAGCAACACGUGACUUCCAGGCCCGCUCGCAAGACCACAGUCUUUGAAUGGAACCAGACGUUCGCCUUCGCACGCAACGCACCUGAUUCCACCUCUUCGGUGCUGGAAGUUUCCGUGUGGGACCCAGCCGCGACUCAACCCUUACUAGGAGGAGUGUGUUUCGACGUCAACGAGAUUCCCGUGCGGGACCCACCGGACAGCCCUCUGGCACCUCAGUGGUACAGGAUUGAAGGCGGUGGCGCCCUCAAUGGCGACCUUAUGAUUGCCACGUGGAUGGGAACGCAGGCUGACGAGUCCUUCCCCGACGCGUGGAAGAGCGACACCUUCGCAAAUGUCAACUCCAGAGCCAAAGUUUAUCAGUCGCCCAAACUGUGGUACCUCCGCGCAACUCUUCUCGAGGCUCAGGACCUUCUUUCGCUGCCCUUCAACUCUUCCAAGGAAGCCUGUUUUCAAGUGAAGGCCAAACUCGGAUUCCAGGUGCUGAAAUCCAAAACCGUGCUCACUCAAAACGGCAACGUUUCAUGGAACGGCGAGGAUUUCAUAUUCGUUGUGGCAGAGCCAGUAAGCGACCACCUCGUUUUCACUCUAGAAAAUCGCCAACCAGACGGGCCGGUGACAAUGGGGGUACUCAGAAUACCUUUGCACGCCAUAGAGAGGAGGGUGGAUGACAGGAUGGUCCAAUCGCGGUGGUUCACGUUCGACAAUCCCAACGAGAAGGAGCAGAACAAGCCCAGGGUACACCUGCGCUUGUGCUUCGACGGAGGGUAUCACGUGAUGGACGAGGCAGCGCACGUCUGCAGCGACUACCGCCCCACGGCAAGGCAGCUCUGGAAGCCUCCGGUUGGUACGUGCGAGCUCGGCAUCAUCGGUUGCAAGAACUUGUUACCCAUGAAGACGGUAAAGGGUAAAACCACAACCAACCCGUACUGCGUGGCCAAGUACGGCAACAAAUGGGUUCGUACGCGAACCGUUUCGGAAAGCACAGAACCCAAGUGGAACGAACAAUACACGUGGAAGGUUUACGAUCCUUCAUCUGUUUUAACCAUCGGAGUAUUCGAUAGCUGGACAAUGCCAUUGAUAAUUGAUAACGACAAUGAUAAGAUCAGUGAUCAAAACCCUGGCGAACCUGAUUUCCGCAUUGGAAAAGUACGAGUUCGUAUUUCUACGCUGCAAACUGGGAAAGUGUAUAGAAAUUCUUACCCGUUGCUGGUGCUAACUCCCAACGCGGGUUUGAAAAAAAUGGGUGAAAUCGAGAUAGCGAUCAGAUUCGUUCUAACCACUCAACGCUUGGAUCUCCUCCAUGUCUACCUGCAGCCGAUGCUACCAUUGAUGCACCAUGUAAAACCGUUGGGGGUAGUGCAGCAGGAGGCGCUGCGGAGCACAGCAGUGAGGAUGGUGGCGGAACACUUGGCGAGGGCGGAGCCUCCUCUGAGGAAGGAAGUGGUGUUUUACAUGCUGGACGCGGAUUCGCACCACUUCAGCAUGAGGAAAGUGCGCGCGAACUGGUACAGGAUAAUAAACGUGGUGGCGGGGGUGAUCGACAUCGUGCGGUGGGUAGAGGACACGCGGGGAUGGAGGAAUCCAACGGCCACGGUUUUGGUGCACGCACUGCUGGUGAUGCUGGUGUGGUUCCCUGACCUCAUUAUUCCGAGCUUCUGUUUCUACGUGUUUGUGGUGGGCGCGUGGAACUACAGGUUCCGGGAGCGUGACCCGCUUCCGCAUUUUGACCCAAAGAUUUCGCUGGCGGAGGUGGUGGAGAGAGAGGAGCUGGACGAGGAGUUUGACGCCGCGCCGAGUGGGAGGGCGAGUGAGGUGGUGCGCGUGAGGUAUGAGAGGCUGCGGACGCUAGGAGCGCGCGUGCAGACGGUCCUGGGGGAUCUGGCGACGCAGGGGGAGCGGUUGCAGGCGGUGGUGACGUGGCGCGACCCACGUGCGACGGGGAUGUUUUUGUUCAUGUGCUUGGUGGUGGCAAUGGUGCUUUAUUUGGUGCCGUCGAAGAUGGUUGCCAUGGCUUGCGGGUUUUACUAUCUCCGACACCCUGUCUUCCGUGACCGCCUUCCCUCGCCAGCGGUUAACUUCUUCAAAAGACUUCCCUCCAUGUCGGAUCGGAUUAUGUAGAUUGUUUUGUUAUUGUGGAAGUCAAGUAAUGGAAUGGACAUUAGCUGAAGUUCAAAUUAUUCCUUCCGUAGAUAUCAAAUAUGGAUUAUUUAGUAUUAA